AUGGCGUUCAAUCGCGCUGGAGGUUUUUCAUUCCAGCAAGAACAGGUAGCAAAUUCAUCUCCUUAUUCAAAUGCAAACUCUCGCGCCACCAACCCCGAUCGAACCAACGGCUGGCAUGCUGCCACCUAUUCCUCUUCCUCGUCUGCUACUUCACAGUCUCCCUAUUCUUGUUCCUACUCUACCUCGCCAGCUUCUGCCCGGCAGCAGACUUUCACCUACCCGUCACCUCAUCCUUCUUCUUCCUCUUCCUCCUCGACGCAAGGGCAUAACUUUAACUCGAAUUCUUUCUCCCAGCCCUUUGUCGACGCACAAUUCGACAUUUUCGAAUGGCACGUGCAAUACCAGUCGUGCAUCCGCUACUUCCUUGACCACGCCCAAUACUCGGCCCCAGUGCAAGCUGUCGCCGCCUUUGUCAACAUCCAGCUGCCCUUUCAACGAUCCGUCCACCCUAUACUCGUGUCUCCGCCAAGAAACAGCGCUCCUGGUGGGGGUCCAGCCUCGCGGUCGGCCGCAGCGGCAGCUGCCGCAGCUGCUGCAGCAGCGGCCGGCGGGGCCGCCCAACCGGCAGCCUUUGUGACACUCGUGCCCUACAUCCGGCGGCUCAUCGCGACCGCCUUUGACUUUCCGGCAGUGCUACACGGCUUCUUCGGCGAUGAUUGGAUGGCUGGAAUCGGCCCCAUCCAUGAAACCGAAAGACGAAACUACCUUUUUGCCGCCAAAAGCGAUAACUGGCUCAAAGUCAAGGCCGACUACGACAUGGACGAGAACCAAACCGUGCCCUUUCUACGGCCGCUGCAGAACGUGUCUGAAGACGAGAUUGUCAACGCCGAGACCACAUGGAGCGAGUGGCUGGCCAUGCAGGACUGGAUGCUGGGACCACGUGCGCCCGGUGAUGUCGGUAGCAGUGGUGGUAGCAUACGCGGUCAGCGUGUCAAUAUAAAGCGGGAAGAAGACUAA